AAAGGGUGUGGUCUUAGUUACUGCUGCUGAGUUUCACCUGAGAAGAAAAUAACCAAGCCACACAGCCUGUGACAGUCAGACGGCCGUCCAGGGACUCACGUUCACUUUGGAUUGUAACUUCACCUUAAGGCACAUAAUGGAGCCUGCUUUCACAAGCGUGGCGUUUAAGGUGACCGUGCUGGUUCUGAUAACAAUCCAGCUGAAGACGGAGGCUUUGGAGGUGACGUCCUCGGGCCCACAGACCAUUCAGACCGCCCACGGCUCCUCGGUGCUGCUCGGGUGCACCUACACGCCGGGCCCCCAGGACGUGGGGGAGCUGGAUAUCGAGUGGUUCAACGUCAUGCCAGACAUGACACAGAAGGACAGACUGCUCUUGUCCUAUUCAGGCGGGCAGGUGCACAACCACGACCACAGCCUCACCAACAGGAUCACGUUCAAGGUGGACCCCAGCCAGGGCGACGCGUCCAUCAUGAUCUCCAAUCUGAGGACGACGGACACGGCCACCUACAUGUGCAAAGUCAAGAAGCUGCCGGGUGUCGACACUCGGAAAGUCACUCUGGUGGUGAUGGUCCCCCCAUCCACGCCGAAGUGUUGGGUUGAAGGUGGUGAGGAGAAAGGUGGCUCCGUCUCCCUCCGCUGCAAAUCUACCAAAGGAUCCAUUCCCAUCAACUACGUGUGGAAAAGAGGGGACGGCGGCGCACUGCCCGCCACUGCAACCCAAGACCCGCAGAGUGGGGAGCUGUUGAUAAGAAACCACACAGAAAGCAAUGCUGGGACUUACAUGUGCGAGGCCAAGAACCCUGUGGGCAACGGACAGUGUGAAUAUUCACUACAUGCGUACAACCCGCCCAACAGAGCCGGAGUGAUCGCCGGCGCCGUGAUAGGUGCUCUCUUGCUGCUGCUGCUCCUCCUGCUCCUCAUCUGGCUUCUGAUCUGCUGCUGCCACAAGCGCCGCUACGAGAAGGAGGUGGCAAAUGAAAUAAGAGUGGACGCCCCGGCGCCGGAGAGCAGACCCUCCAGCAGACACUCCAGCCUGCGCUCGGUGCUGGGGUACCGGACUCACCAAGGGGUGAUCUACAGCUCGGUGAAGAAACAGCUGCCCAGCGUCACCGAGUCGGAUCAGAACUUCCCAGCUGGGAGUAACGGCGCAGCCAUCACAGAGGGCAGGCCCACAAGCCUGAAAUACGACCAUCGGUAUGGAUACCCUGUGUGAUGGCCGGCCCGCUGCGUGACACGCUUCACUAUAAAGCUACACCUUCUACAGUCUAUUCUGAAGUAUUUGCGUGACCAAAGGUGCAAUAUUAUGUAACACAGAACAAUGGGAGCACUGGUAUUUGUACAACUGCUGCAGACUUGUCAGUCCGACCUCAGACGUCUUAAACUGCUGACUUUCAUGAUGCACUGCAUAGCACAUCGCGGCUAAUGUAAAUAUUUAAAACAAAAUAAGGCAAAGUCUCAUAAUACAAGCCAUUUUUACAGGGAUUUUGCUAUAAAACUGUGUAAAAUGUACAUAGCAAAAACUGUAUUUUUGUUGAAGGUUUUUUUUUUUUCUAUAUGUACAUUUUAGCUUACUUUUAUUGUUUUUUAAUGUGUACAAUAAAUUUCAAACUCAAUUAAAUGAUUACUGUUUAAAGUCU